GCGAGUGAAAGAGCAAGCGAACGCCAGAGAGAGUGAGCGAGUCAGGGAGUGUGUGCCAGAAAGAGUCUCUGCAUGUGUGUUUGUGUGUGUGUGUGUGUGUGUGAGAGAGAGAGAGAGAGAGAGAGAGAGAGAAGCGCUUGUUUCAGUCCCGGUAAGAGGCUGAGCCACAGAAGUUUGAAACUGACAAGCUGAAGGAAGACGGUCUCCUCACCUCCUUCUCUCCUCACUGUUCUACACUCUCUCCCUCACCUACUUCUCUCUUUCCCUUCCUCUUCUUCUCUCUCUCUCUCUCUCUCUCUCUCUCUCUCUCUCUCUCUCUCUCUCUCUCUCUCUACUUCCCUGUGCGUUUGAAUUACCACCACCAGGACUUCGGACCAGCACUGACAGCGGCCUCCGGUCCUCACCUGUUGGGCAUUGGGACAGUGGGACUGCUGAGGGCAGUGGGGCCGGAGUGUGUGUGUGUGGAGGGGGGACGAGUGGAUGUCUUCGACGGAUGCCGUGGGUCUGUCCAGACGCGAGUGGAACUUGGGGGAGCAGCAUGACCCCCCUGCAGUGAGCGACGGGUACGUGGAGGAGGGAUUUGGCCAAUCGAUAAGCAUGACGGAUGUGGACAACACGCUGUUUGAGGAAGAGGAGGCCGAAGGCUGUGAGGCGCGCGAGUCAGACAGGGACAGUGCUGUGGAGAGCGUCCCCGGCUCCGAAAGCUCGGAGGGUGGACGGUCCACUGAAGGCCUGGGCCUCUUCUUCCCUGAAGAGAAGCGUGGCCAGAUGAACCCCUUCGUGACCUCUGACCGCUCCACGAUCUCCUCGGCGUCCCUGAACGAGGAGCAGUUUGAGGACUACGGUGUGGGUGAUGAUGUGGAGUAUGCGCCCAGCAGCCCUGACGACGAGACCCGCACCAACGGCCACUCAGACCUGGGCUCAUCUGUGCCCUCUAGUGCGGGCCAGACUCCUCGGCGGGCACGGCCACCGUACAGCAGUGAACAGAUGGACGUCUUCUGCUCUCAGUGCUGCAAGAAGGUCAACCUGCUCAACGACCUGGAGGCCCGCCUCAAGAACCUCAAGGCCAACAGCCCCAGGAAGAUGUCCAGCACUGCGAUUGGCAGGCAACUCCUCCACAACAGCAACAUCAGUAGCAGUAACGGCAGCACGGAAGACCUGUUCAGAGACAGCAUCGACUCGUGUGACAUCGACAUCACUGAGAAGGUGAGUUACCUGGAGAAGAAAGUCACAGAGCUGGAGAAUGACAGUCUGAUGAAUGGGGAUGUCAAGUCCAAGCUGAAGCAAGAGAACACUCAGCUGGUUCACCGGGUGCAUGAGCUGGAGGAGCAGCUGAAGGACCAGGAGGCUCGUGCGGAGCGCCUGAUGGAGGAGGAGCUUAGGAGACACCGCGAGGCCUUCAGCAAGAUGGAGCGUGACAAGAACACAGAGAUCGAGCUCCUCUCCAACCGACUACAGCAGCUCGAGGAGGAGAACACAGAGAUGGCUGUGAACAUGAACCGACUCAAAUCACAGGCGGAGAAACUGGAUGAGGAGAAACAGAGAAUGACUGAUAAACUGGAGGACACCAGCUUACGGCUCAAGGACGAGAUGGACCUGUACAGGAAGAUGAUGGAUAAGCUGAAACAGAACCGGCACGAGUACCAGAAAGAGAAGGACGCCAUGCAGGAGCUGAUCGAGGAGCUGCGGCGAGAGCUGGAGAACCUGCAUCUGUACAAGCUGGAGGCCGAGAGGCUGGGCCGCACACGCAGCUCCUCAAUCAGCUUCCCAGACUUCAACCCCCGCACCCGCGAGACCGAGCUCGAGCUGGAGGUCAAGAGACUCAAACAGAGGACGGCUCCGCAGGAUUUGCCCCCUGAGCUGCAGCACCUUGUGUCUGCUGGGGCCAGGCUGCGUCCCAGUCUCCUGGAGAAUCAGAAGCUGAGGGAGCAGAACGAGGAGCUGAAUGGCCAGAUCCUCAGUCUGAGUCUCCACGAGGCCAAGAACCUGUUUGCCCACCAGACGAAAGCCCAGUCCCUGGCUGCAGAGAUAGACAGUGCCUCCCGAGAUGAGUUGAUGGAGGCCCUUAAAGAACAGGAAGAGAUCAACAUCCGCCUCAGGCAAUACAUGGACAAAAUUAUCCUGUCCAUCCUGGACCAUAACCCCUCCAUUCUGGAGAUCAAGAACUAACUCCACCAGAGGGGAAGAGGAGUGGAGAUGCUACACUGGACAUAUAGCACCCCCUGUUGUCUGUGCUGUGAACUGCACCCAUGCUGGAAAACUGGAACUUUUUGCCCAUGUGUGUUGGGAGGGAAAAAAAGAGAUUUUUUUGUAUGUCUUUGUUACAAUCUGUGAAUCUUUAAAAUAUAUUAAUACCUUUCAUGCACUUUUUGGAAGAUUAAGCUGCCAUUGCCAUCGCUGUAAAUCAACAAAACCAUUGAGGGUGAAAUCACUGAGAGUGAGGAGGUGUGGGCAUUCCUGACGCAAGGUGCCAGGUGGUCAGCUUCCCUCUGGCCACCCUGUGCUUGAGCUAACGGCACAGAGUACCCCGAGAGAGGGAGGCAGUGCAAGAGUGGUCAGAGGUGUGGAAGAGACCGUAGCAUCUCAACGUUUUGAGAAGUGCUUGUACUACUGAUGAUGGCACAGAAUGCUGGAGGGGAGGCAGGUUGUCUGUGACGGGCCAGUUGCCAUAGCGAGAGGUUGUGGUUGUGUUCAGUAUGUGCUAAUGAGGCUCGGGGCUCAUGUGAAGUGCCUGUGGUUGUGGAGAAGGGAAACUGAGAGCUCAUAAACAUGGACCACGAAUGUGAUGAGAGAAAUAAGAGCAGACUGUGGAAGUGAAGUUGAGUGGAGGGAGUAUGCAAGAGACUUGCACAAGGCAAGUGCCUAUUCUAAUACUUGGGUGAAAGGAUGGUAAACACACAAAUGUGCACUGUAAGAGUAUGUUACAGAAUCAGUUUAAAGGAUAUAAAUGAUGGGUUACUGACCAAGGCUACAGACGAUGACAUAGACAGUUGCGGGUCAUACACUUGAAUGUACAGUAGCACAGACUAUGUGAAUGUCACAAUGCCGAAAUUAUAUAGGUUACUUGAACUGAGGUGGAGGUUGUUCCUGAGGCGUUUGAGUGUUGUCACGGUGACCCAGAGAUCACAUGGUGCAAGCCCAUCUUUUGCUAACUUUUGGUAACUUAUAAUGAAGGGACCAUUUUGCAGCAAUCCAAAAUCAUGGUGUGGUUUGUAUAAGUACUGCCAGGUAUAGGCCUAUACACACACAUACACACUUGUAUGAGGUCAAUUUGUUUUUCACCAGCAAAUUACUGUUGAAUCUACUUAUGUGGACUGUCAUGACAUGUGCUCAUGUGGGAGGAUCACAGACUGAUGGAUAGACCGAUGCAAAUAUACACCAGGACUUCUGUAUCUUUGCCAGUGGCUCAAUGACUGUCAACCAAUAAUAAUUUAUCAGCAAUGUAGGCUCCAGCCAGGUGAAUAGGACCCAGCCAGAGUGUAUUAUCCAGCAUUUCAGCAACGAAGCCAGUAAAAAAUUCUGUUUUUUGACUGUUGUAUAGGGAUAUGACAUUACUGCAAAAACAUGAGGUCUAGUUUUGCUUCUUGCACAAAGCAAUUUCUUUGCAUGUAGGCUACUUCUGGUGAUUGUGCCUGGCCUUGCCUCCUGUCUGUUCCACAUGGAUUCAUGUAGACCAUUAAGAGUAUAGUAGACUGACUUUAUAGAGACGUUCAGUGUCUUAACAUUUUUUGUGAGAUGUAAAUGUUGUACAGAUUAGUUCAUUUUUGUUUUGUUUUUCAAAAUCAUUUUCAGGGCUAGCAGUAGUGAACUUGUAGCAGGACAUUUGACUGUGUUCAAAGGUAGUCCUAUCAGGACAAAAUCUCCCAAACUUAGAGAUUUUUUUAUUUAAAAAAAUAAAUAAAAUAAUCAUAAUAAUAAUUUGAUCUCAUGGAGUUAUUGUAUAGUUGAAGGGAGUAUGGUCCGUCUGACUGCUGCUUUAUGUGAUGCUGUUCUCCCUGAGCCAACUGAUGAGCUUUCUUCGGAGUGCAUACACUGCACCUUUUUUCGUCCCUUUCUUUCAAAUUUAAUAUCCUUUAAACCUACGGGGAGAAGCUACCACCAGUAGCUUAGCUUAGGCCCAGUUAGACACAAGCCGAGUAAACCUACAGAUGAGCGGUCAUCAAGUUAAUUGGAAUUUGUGUUUUAAGUCAUAGCCUCAACACCUGUUGUUAAUAUCCGGUUAAGUCUAUCUUGUGUUGAGUUUGCUAAGCUAAGUUUUUUUUCUUGUGAAAAUAAAAUCAUUGCAUAAAUAAAAAUAUGUUGAACAA